CUACCGAAUGGAAGGGUGGGAGUCUCGCGCCUCUAAAGCCCGCCUUUCCUGACAGAUAAAGGUCGUCGCUGGUGAGUCAACGGGCGGAGCUAAACUGACCGUGAUUCAUACCGUCGCGGGAUGCCCGAAGGUGGAGCAUCACGUAAGAAGAUGACCAGAAGUUGCUCUGCAGUGGGCUGCACUACCCGGGACACCGUGCUGAGCCGGGAGCGCGGCCUCUCCUUCCACCAAUUUCCAACUGAUACCAUACAGCGCUCAAAAUGGAUCAGGGCUGUUAAUCGUGUGGACCCCAGAAGCAAAAAGAUUUGGAUUCCAGGUCCAGGUGCUAUGCUGUGUUCCAAACAUUUUCAAGAAAGUGACUUUGAGUCAUAUGGCAUAAGAAGAAAGCUGAAAAAAGGAGCUGUCCCUUCUGUUUCUCUAUACAAGGUUCCUCCAGGUGUACACCUUAAAGGUAAAGCAAGACAAAAAAUCCUAAAACAACCACUUCCCAAUAAUUCUGAAGAGGUUGCCACUGAGGACCAUAACUAUAGUUUAAAGAGACCUUUGACAAUAGAUGGAGAGAAACUGGCUGAGGUGCAACAGCUGUUACAAAUGUCCAAAAAAAGACUUCCCCCUGUAAAAAACUACAGGAUGAUCAAGAAGAGAAAGGGCUUACGAUUAAUUGAUACACUUGUAGAAGAGAAACUACUUUCUGAGGAAACAGAGUAUCUGCUACGAGCUCAGUUUUCAGAUUUUAAGUGGGAGUUGUAUAAUUGGAGAGAAACAGAUGAAUACUCUACCGAAAUGAAACAAUUUGCAUGUACACUCUACUUGUGCAGUAGCAAAGUGUAUGAUUAUGUAAGAAAGAUUCUUAAGUUGCCUCAUUCUUCCAUCCUCAGAACGUGGCUAUCCAAAUCCCAACCCAGUCCAGGUUUCAACAGCAACAUUUUUUCUUCUCUUCAACAAAGAGUAGAGAAUGGAGACCAGCUGUAUCAGUACUGUUCAUUAAUAAUAAAAGGUAUAUCUCUCAAGCAACAACUUCAGUGGGAUCCCAGCAGUCACAGUUUGCAAGGGUUUAUGGACUUUGGUCUUGGAAAACUUGAUGCUGAUGAAACACCACUUGCCUCAGAAACUAUUUUAUUAAUGGCAGUGGGUAUUUUUGGUCAUUGGAGCACACCUCUUGGUUAUUUUUUUGUAAACAGAGCAUCUGGGUAUUUGCAAGCUCAGCUGCUUCGUCUGACUAUUGGCAAACUAAGUGACAUAGGGAUCACAGUUCUGGCUGUUACAUCUGAUGCCACAGCUUACAGUGUUCAAAUGGCAAAAGCAUUGGGGAUACAUAUUGAUGGAGACAACAUGAAGUGUACCUUUCAACAUCCUUCAUCUUCUAGUCAGCAGAUUGCAUACUUCUUUGAUUCUUGCCACUUGCUGAGAUUAAUAAGAAAUGCAUUUCAGAAUUUUCAAAGCAUUCAUUUUGUUAACGGCACAGCACAUUGGCAGCACCUUGUGGAGUUAGUAGCACUAGAGGAACAGCAAUUAUCAAAUAUGGAAAGAAUCCCAAGUAAACUUGCAAAUUUGAAAAAUCAUGUACUGAAAAUGAAUUGUGCUGCCCAACUCUUCAGUGAGAGCGUAGCUAGUGCAUUAGAAUAUUUACGGUCGUUAGGCUUGCCUUCUUUUCAAAACUCUAUUGGUACCAUCCAUUUUUUACGCUUAAUUAACAAUCUCUUUGACAUAUUUAAUAGUAGGAAUUAUUAUGGAAAGGGACUUAAAGGGCCUCUAUUGCCUGAAACUUAUGGUAAAAUAUGUCACGUGUUAAUUGAAGCCAAGACUAUUUUUGUUACAUUAUCUGACACUAGCAGUAAUCAAAUCAUUAAAGGUAAGCAAAAACUAGGAUUUCUGGGAUUUUUACUUAACGCUGAGAGCUUAAAAUGGCUUUACCAAAAUUACGUUUUCCCAAAAGUCAUGCCUUUUCCAUAUCUUCUGACUUACAAAUUUAGUCAAGACCAUCUGGAGUUAUUUCUGAAGAUGCUUAGGCAGGUAUUAGUAACCAGUUCCAGCCCUACCUGUGUGGCAUUCCAGAAAGCUUACCAUAACUUGGAGACUCGAUACAGAUUGCAAGAUGAAGUUUAUCAAAGUGAAGUAAGUAUCUUUGACAUUUCAGUUGCUCGAAGGAAAGACUUGGCUCUUUGGACAGUUCAACGUCAGUAUGGUGUCAGGACUACAAAGACCCUCUUUCACAAAGAGGAUAUUUGCCAAGACUGGUCUGAUUGUUCACUCACUGACGCUUUGCUAGACCUGUCAGAUCAUAGGCGAAAUCUCAUCUGUUACGCUGGUCGUAUUGCAGAUAAGUUAUCAGCUCUCUUAACUUGUGAGGACUGCAUCGCUGCACUGUAUGCGUCAGAUUUCAAAGCCUCUAAAAGUGGGUCACUGUUAUGUGUUAAAAAGAAGAAUGGUUUGCAUUUUCCUUCAGAAAGUCUGUAUCGGGUCGUCAAUGUUUGUGAGCAAGUUGUACGAACUCAUUCAAGAAUGGCAAUUUUCGAACCUGUUCCUAAGCAGAGGGAACUGUAUCUUCAACAGAAAAUACUAUGUGAGCUUUCUGGGGGUAUUUUUGUAGAUUUAGAUGAGCAUCUCUUUGAUGGAGAAGUGUGUGCCAUCAAUCACUUUGUCAAGUUGCUAAAAGAUAUAAUAAAAUGUUUCUUAAAUAUCACUAAAGAUGUAGCUCACUACCCUUUAAAACAUCAUUCAGAAAGAAUCGAGAUGAAAACUUUAUCAAGGAAACACUGAUCAUCCUUACAGGAUCACAAAUGUUCAAGUUUUGCUAAUGUCAAUAAAUCCAGGCAUUUGCUGAGUAACAACGGAGAGCCAUUCAAAUGAGAAAUCUAAAUAUAUUAACUCUUUUAUUACAAAUACUUAGCCAACAUUUCUUUUUUUACUUUAAUUUGCUAUAUUUUAUAAAUUGACCAUUCUACACGGUG